AUUCCUUGAGUUCUGCCCAAAUGGAUUCAUUUGCACAGUUCCGUACAGCCUUCUGUCGCUCUCUUAACAACGAAGGCCCCAAAAACCUAUAAAAUAAAAUUAGAAUUCAAAAAUAAAACUAAACCUGAGAGGAGAAAACGCCGUAAAUAUCAACCUAAAAGCCCCGUUAUAAUUUGUUGAUAGAGCAGUGACUGAUAAUUGAAAAAUGGAGGAGAAGAUAGGGAAAUUCUUCGAAUCGGUGGGGUCCUUCUUCGGUGGUGGCGAUCAGAUCCCCUGGUGCGACCGCGACGUCAUUGCUGGCUGUGAGAGAGAAGUUGCUGAUGCUAAGGGUGAUUCUGAGGAACUGAAGAGUGAAAGCAUCAUGCGACUUUCAUGGGCACUUGUUCACUCGAGGCAAGCUGAAGAUACGCAGCGUGGGAUAGCCAUGCUUGAAGCAUCAUUGGCCAAUAGCAGCUCCGAAUUGCAGCAAAGAGAGAAACUUUAUCUUCUAGCUGUUGGGUAUUACAGAACUGGUGAAUACUCAAGGAGUCGACAACUUGUGGAGCGGUGUUUGGAGAUUGCGCCUGAUUGGAGGCAAGCUCUUGCCCUUAAGAAGGCAGUUGAGGAUCGUAUUGCUAAAGAUGGUAUGAUUGGAAUUGGCAUUACUGCUACUGCUGUGGGACUUAUUGCUGGUGGAAUUGCCGCAGCAUUGGCUCGCAAGAAAUGAUCAACCAAAAUUGUGCGUUUGUGAAUAUUGCUCCCACCCUAAAGAUUUGGCCCCCAAGCAUUUUGCUGAUUUUGCUGAAGAAAUGUUUUGAAUAAGUGACAAAAGCAAAGUUUUUAGCAUCUAUUUGAUUUAUGAAUAACUGUUAUGAGUAGAGAUAUCAAUGGAUGGAUAAAAUAUUCUUUAUUCUCAUUCUUAGUUUUUUAUAUUAUAUUCAUAUUGUACCAUUAUACUCA